AUGGAUAGGUUUGUUCUAGAGGCCAUAGACCUGGGUAAGUUAUACAAGAUGAAGAUACGACAUGACAACUCACUGAUCAAUCCAGCAUGGUUCCUGGAUAGAGUGGAAGUGUCUGAUGGGAGGGACAAAUAUGUCUUCCAUUGUGAACGAUGGCUGGCUAAGAAUAAAGAAGAUGGGAAGAUAGAGAGAACUUUGUAUGUGAAGGGUUAUGAUGGAGAUAUGUCAUCCAGUACAGGUACACUUAGAUCUCAACGAUUUGAAGGCUCUGUGGCAAGUCUGAAUUCUAUGGGAACCAGUCCAAGACCGUCUGGUAGGCAGCAGGCUGCUUCCAAGGAGAAUAUUCCAGAAGGCCCAACUAUUCCCUACACUGUCAAAGUCAGUACGGGUGAUGGAGAGGAUAACGGCACAGACAGCAAUGUUUGGAUUAGGAUACAUGGUCCAGGGAAGAAACAGACAGGUCGUAAGUUUCUAGAGCUGGUCCAGCAAGAGAGAUUUGAACCUAGUUCUGUUGAAACGUUCUCAAUUGAAGGUGUUGAUGUGGGCGAAAUAAGAAGCAUUGAG